AUGACUGUCAUACCCAUUCUAUUUGAAACUUUACCGAAUGAACUUCUAAUGAAUAUAUUUCAAUAUUUUGACGCUCGAGAUCUAUUUCGAGCUUUUCACAAUCUUAACUGUCGUUUCAAUAGACUUCUUCGAUCACUUAGAUAUGUUUGUUUUACUCUAAUUAAAUUUGAUUCUAAUGAAAGCAAUGAUUAUCAUAUUUUUGCUCCAUACAUCUAUAAUCUAGUAAUAGAUCAUGCAGUCAACAUUGAUUUAAGUCGAUUUGCAAAUCUUCAUCGUCUUACUUUAUUAUCUCCAACAUCUAAUCAACUAAAACAAGUCGUGUCUAAUAGUUUAGAUUAUUUAGAAUAUCUUUCAAUUGGAUAUGAACAUUUUCUUUUUUCAUAUUAUAUUCCUGAUUUAUGCGAAAAGAUUUUCUCUAAUGGUUUUCCACGCUUAACAUCUUGUUGUCUGUUCGAACCAAGAAUACUCGAGAUAAUACCAAAGUUUACGCAAGCAACACAGUUAUGUAUUUUAAAAAUGGAUAAUGUUGAUUUAUUAGCAUACAAAUAUAUACUAUCAUUAUGUCCGAAUUUAAAUCUAUUUGAAUUCACCAUGUUAAAUCAACAGGACGACUUGAUUAAUAUUGAACCACAUAGAAAUCUUAAAAAAAUGUCUAUAAAAUUUCCAAGUUUAAUGAAAUCAUUUUCUGACUGCGCCAUGAAUUGUUAUUUAUCAUGCGUUCCAAAUUUAGAACAGUUGAAUGUAUGUGAAAUUAAUUUUGAUGUCACUAUUAUGGUAUAUUUGAAUUCGAAUUGGUUCGCUUCGUUAAUUAAAAAACAUUUACCAUCACUGCGUCGAUAUAAAUAUUAUAUUCAUGCUUGUGGAGUUAAACAGAAUGAUGAAAAUACGUUAAAUAGUAUUAAAACAAAUUUUAAACAAAUACAUAAUCAACGAUAUCAAUCUGUACUUGUUAUUAAGCUAUCCCAUUCGUCAUUGUCAACCGAUUGA